AGUUAUGCAACACGCAAUCAACUGGACAAUUAUUACUAUUAUUACUUAUUAUGUUAAUCCGUCUUUAGCGUUUUUGGAGCGGAAAUUAAUUAAGAUAGAAUUUUCAUAUAUAUGUGUGUGUGUGUGUGUGUAUAACAGUCGUUAGUAAUAGUAGAAUGUAAACAAGGAGAAUAUUGUUAAAGCGCGUGUAAUCACGUGUUUAAAGCAACCGCCCUCUUUUUUUCUGGACUGGACUGAGCUUGAUAUUAGACUCCUGCACCCAUCAACCAGCUGACGAACAUCUAGGUUUUAUUAGACCUGCCCGUUCUUAUCAUGGGCAGUUUAUAUCUCUCAGGAAGUCGCUGUAUUCUCCGGCAGGUGUUCUUUGGAUUACCCAGCAUGCUGCAGCGGCCGUACAGCCUCGAUGUGUCAGCGCAGCUCUUGCGGACUCGAGCCUUCAUAGAUGGGCGCUGGGUCUCCGCUGCAUCCACGUUCCCCGUGUUAGACCCAGCCACGGGAGAAGAGAUCGCGAAGGUGUCAGACUGCGGUACAAUGGAAGCUCAAGACGCCGUCAAUGCUGCAUACAAAGCGUUUCACCUGUGGAAGAAUCACACAGCCAAGGAAAGAAGCAUUUUAUUACGAAAAUGGUUUGAAUUGAUCAAUCAGCACAAGGAAGAUCUUGCCAAGUUGAUCACAGCAGAGUGUGGGAAGCCCAUGAAGGAGUCUAUUGGUGAGAUGACAUACUCUGCCUCCUUCCUGGAGUGGUUUUCUGAAGAGGCCAGACGUGUGUAUGGAGAUAUUGUCGCACCUUCAGCCAAGGACCGCAAAAUCCUGUUACUCAAGCAGCCGGUGGGAGUGGCUUCCAUCAUUACACCUUGGAAUUUCCCCAGUGCCAUGAUUACCAGGAAGGUGGGCGCAGCACUGGCGGUGGGCUGCACUGUGGUGGUGAAGCCGGCUGAGAAUACGCCUCUCUCUGCUCUAGCUCUUGCUGAGCUGUCGGUUCAGGCUGGCAUUCCUCCUGGGGUGUUUAAUGUAGUGCCCUGCUCAAGAGAAAAGACCCUUGCUGUGGGAGAGCUGCUCUGCACGGACCCUCUCGUGGCCAAAAUUUCAUUUACCGGAUCCACGGCCACUGGCAAGAUACUACUAAGACAUGCUGCAGGAACGGUCAAAAGGGUCUCCAUGGAGCUAGGAGGACAUGCCCCCUUUAUUGUAUUUGACAGCGCUGAUGUAGAUAAAGCCGUUGCAGGAGCGAUGGUUUCCAAAUUCAGGAACUCAGGCCAGACCUGCGUGUGCUCCAACCGCUUUUUGGUGCAGAGUGGGAUCCAUGAUGCUUUCAUGGAAAAGCUGGCCAAGGCUAUGGAUGCUGAACUGAAGCUUGGCCACGGCUCAGAGCCCGCCACCACACAGGGGCCGCUCAUCAACACCCGCGCCGUAGAGAAGGUGGAGAACCAGAUUGCAGAUGCUGUGGCACAGGGAGCAGUCAUAGUUCGAGGUGGGAAGAGACUGGAGGGCUCCUUCAUGCAGCCCACCCUGCUGUCCAAUGUCAACACUGACAUGCAAUGUAUGCGAGAGGAGACCUUUGGACCCCUUAUUCCUCUUGUUAAGUUCAACACAGAACAGGAGGCACUUGCCAUUGCCAAUGCUUCUCCUGUUGGUUUAGCAGGUUACUUUUACUCCAGAGACAUCAGUCAGAUCUGGCGGGUGACUGAGCAGAUGGAAGUGGGCAUGGUUGGGGUCAAUGAAGGUCUGAUCUCCACCACAGAAACCUCAUUUGGUGGAAUCAAACAGUCUGGAAUGGGCAGAGAAGGAUCCAAAUACGGCAUUGAUGAGUAUCUAGAAAUAAAGUACAUGUGUUUGGGGGGACUCUCUCUUUAAAGACAGUGGUUUCCAGGCAGUAUGUCAUUAUUUAAGCAAUACUAAAAACAUGAAUCCAUUGUGAACCAUUCUCUUUUAAUCAUAUGCAACUGAAUAAUGACUAUACAGAGAUAUUUCAUUGCCAGGAUAUUUUAGAUAUUUGUUGCAAAAAUGGGUAUAAAUGGUCCUCUUUGAGAUUCCAUCCAUCAUAACUGAUUGAUGUAACCUUGUUGCUCUGAAAUAAGAUCUUGAACACUAAAAAAAUAUUAUUUUUAUCCAAGCAGGAUAAAUUUACUUUUGUGUUUUUGUGUAAGAUUAGAUGAAUAUAUCUUCAAUAUCUAAAGUUUAUUCUCCUUACUCAAUUUAAUUUUAGACUGAAAACAAGAUAUACUAAUUAAAAAAAAUUUUUUUGCAGUGUAAAUUCAUUUGGCCACAAAAAAACAAAAACAAUUUUCAAUGAAGUAAAGUAUGUAUAAAUAUAGGGAUGGGGGUUAACCCGGUGAGAAAUCAAAGCACAAUAUUUUUGAAAAAAAAUCAUUUAAAUGUUUAACUUAC